UUCCUCGCCCUGCAGUUCUUCAAUGGUAAGUGAGAGCAAAUUGAUAAAAAUAUCCCUUACUUCUAGAUUCUUUUUGCGUUUACAACAGCAGUUUAACCGUGGCUCUUCAAUUCUGCACUUAAUUAGUCACUGGAGCCUGUUGAUAGUGCUGAAAUAGCACUCAAAUACCCACCCUGAUCCAGACAUUUCUUUUCUUUACGGUGAAUAGCAUCUUCAAAUUUCACCAACGGUCAGCCUCUCAAUCAGUGGACACAAAUACAUGUAAGAAUGGUCGAUAGCAAUUUUUUAGAUGUAGCAAAUCGGGAACACUAUGUCUUAUUUUUUGUGCUUAAUUAAGUGACGCUGACUCUACCCACCUCACAUCGCAUGAUUCCCGUCUGCCCAUCGCAGAGGUACCUACCAAACCACAGAGGCUUAGUCAUGAACUACCAUCUUAAAGCAGAAUCAGGUGUUCAACUUUUAGCACGUCUAAAUUCUCACCAAUCCACAGCCGGACUAGAAGAACAUCUAUUUCACUCUGGACCAGAACCGAAGGAGACGAUUGAAAUUAAAGGUGGACCUUCAACCGGAAAAACCUUAUUAUUAACACAGUUCAUCAUGAAAUCUAUCCUCCCACCAAUGUUCAAAGACAUCAAAUUGAAUGGCCUCAACGUAGGUGUGAUUUUAAUUGAAACUGACAGUCAUUUCAACAUUCUGAAGUUAGUUAAUCUAAUGGAGCGUUUCAUCUUGAAAAAAUCAACAUCAAAAGGAAUAACAAUCGAGCAAGAAGACAUUGAAAAUUUAAUUAAAUCUUCCUUGAACAAUUUAUUUUUACUUACCUGUCACAGCAGUCCAGAAUUGUUUGUCACCUUUCAUCAGAUACCGUCGCUGUUAAUAAUUCAUCCGAGCGUCAGCCUGAUUCUACUAGAUAGUGUGGCAGCAUUUUACCAACAAGAUGUCAGAAGCGGAGGGAUUAGAAAAAUUGAUUUGUAUUGCAGAAAGUUAGUACAGGUUUUACAAAAAUGUGUUAAUGACUACAAUGUCACAACAAUUUAUACUAAGCCUUCAUUUUUUCAAUCUAAGAGUUCCAUUCUGGAAGAGUUUUCUGUUGAACCUAAAGUAGGAAAAAUAAAUAGAAGGAUUGAAUUGAAAUUUCAUGAAUCAGAGUCUAAUAUGUUUGUUGCAACUAUUCAGAAUUCUAAUUCCUCUACUCAAGUCAUGUAUACUAUCAAUAAUCAAGGACUCAAAUGGAUCAAAAUGAAAACUUCGGAAUAGGUAUAACAUUGCGAGGAGAACACAGAGACUACUUAAUGCCACACCAAACUAUGAUUUAUUUUAGUUGCAGUAUUGAAGAGACCCAUCAGACUUUUGUAUGUUUAUCUUUUCCAUUUUUACCACAAGGCAGGGAGCUAAAGUGACUCUUGAAGUCUCUGGUGUUUAGUAUUGACCGGUCAUUACUCAUCAUACUUAGCAGGAUGUAGCAGAAGUUAACAACCCAAUCAAUGGCCCAAGUAUGAAAGUACCUACCUCCAUUGGUCUGUUUCAAACUUUUCAUUCCCAUCUUACUUUUUAAUUUUUAAUAUAGCUUGAACUUUAUUCAGAAUAUAUUCUGCUAAGAAACAGAGAAAAAAAAUCAAGGAAGUUUUCACGAAACUUCACUGACUAAAUUUCUAAAGAAAAAAUAUAUCAUGACAGAAUCUGCAACAUUGCAAACGGAGGUACGUUGUUGCAUACUUUGGCCAUCGAAAUGUCAAUUAGGCUGUCAGAAUUCAUCUUUAAAUUAUGAAAAUCUCUAGUUACGCAAACUUGAUUUUGUAGAUAAGUGCAUGUCAAUGGAGUACAUAAGUUUCAUGUGACAGAAGUUGUAAUUGUAACUGUACUUGUAUUUUAUUGUCAUAUUUAGAUUAUUAAGAACAACCUUGCCAAUUACAGACAUAUUUUUCAUAUGUA